GACCUUCUCCUGCCGCGCUCUACAGAGAGAGAGAGAGAGAGAGAGCGAGAGAGAGAGGGCGCUAAAGAAAAGAUCGGGAUCGACGAAGCCAGGCGAAUCGCCGGCGAAGAGAAGCGAGCGGAAGAUUUCGCCAUUCUGCCGGAAGUCAGCAUCAGGUUCAAAAUAAAUGUCCCCAAAGCCUAUUAUUGGCUAAAACCAGAACAAUUCUUCAAUUCAUGGACAAAAACUAGAAUCUUGUAACAGGACAAUGGACUCAAAUAAUGUAGAGAACAACAAUAGUUCUAAUUCGACUUCAAGACAACGCUUACGCUGGACAAAUGAGCUCCACCAACGUUUUGUAGAUGCGAUAACACAGCUUGGUGGACCAGAUAGAGCAACUCCUAAAGGAGUCCUUCGAAUCAUGGGUGUGCCUGGACUAACUAUUUAUCAUGUUAAGAGUCAUUUACAGAAAUAUCGGCUUGCAAAGUACGUGCCUGACUUUUCAGCUGAUGGUACAAUAUCAGAAAGAAAAGAUGUAGAGGACUUGAUUUCUGGACUUGGAAGCACUUCUGGGGUGCAAAUUAAUGAAGCACUUAAAAUACAGAUGGAGGUGCAAAAACGGCUUCACGAACAAUUAGAGAUUCAAAGACAAUUACAGCAAAGAAUUGAAGCCCAAGGUGAGUACCUUAAAAAGAUAAUCGAAGAGCAGGAGCGCAUUAGCAGCGCAUUGGCUGAAACAUCCGGAGCCAGGAGGGCUGCUCCUAUCUCAAAUGAUCUCUGCCUUGAUUCAGAUAAGACUGACCCCUCAACCCCAGUGCCAAACUCUGAAUCCCUUGAAGAAGACCAAUCAGCUAGUUGCAGCCACGAGGCCACCUGCAGGCUAUUCCAAGGCCUCUCAAAUGAUUCAUUGUCUUCUGCCCGCGAGCCAACGACCCCUGAUUCAGGUGACCAUUCUAAUUCUCCUUACAGGGAGACAGGUCAAGCAGCAUCGCCACAGCCACCCUUUUAGCCAGGGAAAUCAGAGUUGCUGUAAUAACAUCAGGUAUUUGAAUCAACUUCAGAUCGAGAUAUCCAAUUGACUGGCAUUCAAUUCAUUGGAUUACUCCGACUUGCAAUGAUGUCACUGUUCAACUGAAUAUAGAAAAUGGACAGACCCAUUCAAGGUUAUCUUCUUUAUCUUUAGAACUAGGAAAGAAUGUGUUUGUGAUAUCUCACUCUUGUGGGAAGUAGCCAUAGUGUGAUGCUACCGUUGCCUCGCUGCAAACCUCGUAUUCUUGUAUAAUCUUUUACAUCUCAUUCCUGAACAUUAUUAUUGUCUAUGAUAAUCUUUCUGACUGAUCUACCAACCUUUGAACUAUGUAACAACCAUACUGUUGUUUUGAUGGAGUCUCUUUUUCAA